AUGGUAAAAAAUAAAAGGGAGAGACAGGAGUCAGCGUUGUUUAUUGCAGCGAAAAAUGGUGUGCUGGAAAUAGUGAUGAAAAUUCUGAAAGAUAAACCAGAGGCCAUUGUCGUGUACAAAACCAACUCGAUAGGCCAAAAUAUAUUGCAUGUGGCAGUUAUAAACAGGCAAAUCCAUGUUUUGGAGUACCUGAUGAGGCAAAUAAAGGAGAACUUGCAAGAAAAGCUCCUCAGAGGCGUAGACAGUGAAGGCAACACCAUCCUCCACUUGGCUGCCAGGCUCUCCCAUUAUAUGCCCAUGCAUGUUACUGGUGCUGCCGUGCACAUGCAGUGGGAAGUCAAAUGGUUUCGGUAUAUGAAUAAAAAAGUGCCGCACAAAAUGCAAUUCCUCCGCAAUAGGAGUCAGCAAACACCAGCAGAUAUUUUUGCAACAGAUCACAAGGAUUUAAUCAAAGAAGGCGUUGAAUGGCUCAAGAGCACGUCGGAGUCGUGCUCCGUCGUGGCCGCACUUAUUGCCGGUGUGGCCUUCACCACAGCUAUCACCAUCCCUGGUGGUACUGAGCAGGUGACCGGCAAACCUUACCUAGAACGCCACCCAGCUUUCAAAUUGUUUGCAAGCACCUCCCUGUUCGCUUUCUGCUGCUCCAUCACCUCUCUCAUCUUGUUCCUCUCCAUCCUCACGUCCCGCCAGCAACCUCGAGAUUUUCACAAAGAUUUGCCUUUCAAACUUCUUUUAGGGUUGAGUUUCCUCUUCAUGUCCAUCGUUUCCAUAUCCGUCUCUUUCUCUGCUGCAUUCUUCUUUUUGCUCAAGGACAUCCUCAAGCAGGAUGUUUUUUCACUCUAUGUUUUCACCAUCUCGUCUAUUUAUUUCACCGGCGUCAUCCUGUUACCCCUUUGCACCGAUCUUUUCAAAGCUGUUUCCAUCAAAAUUCCCCAAUCCGGUGAUAUAAAAUCUGGUGGAAGGCUGCGUAUUUGA